GCGAGCAUCUCGCGAGUCACCAAGGGCGGAAGAAAGCUCACAUACUGCCUCACGGUCAUUCAACAACCAGAGCGAGCCAGAGCAUGUGGAUCAGGAGCCAAAUCAUCCGCUGAUCGACGGCCUGUUGACCCACCUCCUGUUGUUGAACUUCGCAUCUUCCAAGGAGAGGGCAAGGAGCAGGAAGACAUCACAUUCUCUUACAAUGCCAACUUCUUCCUUUUUGCUACUCUGGAAGUGUCUCGUGUCAUCGCACCUCAUCGCGGCCUCCCACAACCACCGUCUCCUCAGGUCCCAGUCCUGACGGGAAUGCCAGUCUCUGGAAUGGCCUACCUUGAUCGACCCACCGAGGCGGGCUACUUCAUCUUCCCCGAUCUUUCUGUUCGCCACGAGGGAAAGUAUCGUCUUAGUUUCAACCUUUACGAGGAGACAAAGAAGCCGGCAGAUGAUGGCGAUGCAGAAUCCAUGAACGAUAGCAAGCCGAACAUCAUGACUGGCCCCAAUGCCCCCGACUCGUCGUUUGACUGGCGAUUGGAGGUCAAGUCGGCCCAGUUUACUGUCUUCAGUGCGAAGAAGUUCCCAGGUCUUGCCGAAAGUACAGUGCUGAGCCGGACUGUCGCCGAGCAAGGGUGCCGAGUCCGCAUCCGACGUGAUGUGCGUAUGAGGAGACGGGAGGGCAAGUCCGGUGCGGAUUUUGACGACGUCGCUGAGGACGAUUAUGCUCGUCCUGGCCGAGCU